AGGCAACAAACACUAUUUAGGACACUAUCAGCUAGGUUAGCUCUAAAUUCUGAGUACCAAAAGAUGGCUGCUUCUGGCCGCCUCGUGGUCUCCCUGCUCCUGGUCGCGGCCAUGGCCAGCUCCUUCUCUUUCUCUCCAAGCACCGCGCAGUCGUCGUCGUCGUCAUGCGCCAGCUACACCUUCUCCGGCAACCAGCUGUACGGCUCGUGCGCCACCCUCCCGCGGCUGGGCGCCACGCUGCACUACAACUACACGGCGGCGACCAACACCGUGGCCGUCGCGUUCCGGGCGCCGCAGGCAGGCGGCGGCAAAGGGUGGGUGGCGUGGGGGCUCAACCCGAGCGGGUCCGGGAUGGUGGGCACCCAGGCCGUCGUGGCGUUCCGCCACUCCAACGGCAGCCUCGUCGCCUACCCGACGGUGCUCGGCAGCUACGCGCCGUCCAUGGCGCCCGCCGCCGCCAAGGACCUGCCCCUCCCCGUCUCCGCCGUGUCGGCCGAGGAGAGCGCCAAGGACAAGGAGGUGGUGGUGUAUGCGACGGUGGCGCUGCCGGCGGGGAAGGGGAGCAAGUUCAACCACGUGUGGCAGCAGGGCAGCUCGGUGGCCGGCGACGUGCCGGCGGCGCACCCCACCAGCGGCGACAACGUCCUCUCCGUCGGCAGCAUCGACUUCAGCAAGUGAUAUGAUAUGAUCGAUCAUCGUACGUAUUAUAUGCUACUGGUAUACUCUUCUUCGAUCGGCUGCUUCUACUAUUCAUAUAUCGCUCCCAUUAUUUAUGUGGAGUAUAUUUGUAUAUGUAUUAUUAUAUAUGUUUGUACGUACUAUGUAUGUAUAUCUAUGCAGCCGGAGAGUUUGGAGUGUAUUCUCUUGUUUGUGGUUAAACGUAUGUGUAUAGACCUAUUUAUAUGCAUUUAUAUCUUUUCACU